AUGGAGUCUCCGCAGGUACUUCUUGUUGGGAUCAGUGGCUGCUCGUCGAGUGGGAAAACAACCUUAGCAAAACUGUCCGCGGAACUGCUGCCUACUGCUGUUUUGAUACACCAAGAUGACUUUUUCAAGCACGAUGAAGAUAUUCCGUUCAACGAUAAAUACCAAAUACGUGACUGGGAUUCACCUGAAGCUUUAGACAUGAAUUUGUUCGGUAAGGAGCUCGAUCACAUCAAAAAAACAGGUAGCGUAUCCACGACCUUAAUCCAUAACAACAACCAUGACAAUUCUGGAGCCGCUGAAGUGAGACCUGAAACUCAAAAAGAGGUCAAAACCAAGUUUGCAAAGGCCUUCGAGGGGACAAAUACCAAGGUUGUUUUUGUCGAUGGCUUCAUGAUGUUUAACGAUCAAAACAUAAAGUCGAAAUUUGACUUAAAGCUGCUUGUUAGAGCUCCUUAUGGGACCCUAAAGAAGCGCCGGGCUGCUAGAAGCGGAUAUCAGACAUUGGACUCGUUUUGGAUUGACCCUCCAUACUAUUUCGAUGAAUUUGUGUAUUCUUCGUAUGCUCGCAGCCACUCUCAAUUAUUUGAAGAUGGCAAUGUCGAGGGCGUGCUCAAGAAAGGUUCCGGAAUCCUUGAUUUUAUUAAUGAUGAUAGCACUGAUAUUAAUGAUGCAUUACUGUGGGUUUGUAAUUGUGUUGUGUCGAUGGCACAAAAAAAGUGA